AUCACAACAAGAUUACCUGAAUCGCAACUGUAAAGAUUUGGAAUGAAAUUUCUUCAAAAAAUAAUAACUCUGGAUAUGGCCAAUGCAUUAAAAAAAAAUAUCUAUAUAUAUAUAUACGUAUAUGUACAUAACAAAAAAUCCAGACCUAUGCAUAGAAAAUAAUUAUAAAGUUAUGUUAAUAUCAGCGAGAUCGCCAAUUAUAGUAGGCGACGGCUGUUUCUACAUCGGAAUGGGUGGUAAAAACGCGAAACCCACAAUACCCUCCUAUGAGCCUUACCAGUGCUGUCCUGCUAAUCUGAAUCGCGGUACCAAGGUCGCCAAGGUCAGCCGCGUUCCACAAUCAUCCAAAAAACAGAUUGGUAACAAGUUAUCAUCAACUUCCUCAACAUCAAAGACUUCAACUUCUUCUGGUGCGUCAACAACAACAACAGCAGCACCUCAGCUCAAGCCAAUUAACAAAUUGACUGCUAAGGAGAGCAAAAAAAAUGCUAAAAUUGGGACGGAGAAGGAAGAGAAGAAAUCAUCAAGUCAACCCAACAAAGUUGCUAAACCGAAAAGAGGAUUUUUCGGAAGUGUUGUCGCGGGAAUUCCCUAUCUGAUGAAGGUUUGAAGUGUUAGCUGACCAGACGGAAAAGAUCGUGAUGGAUACAAAUAUUCUGCAAGAAAGGAGAGACCCAAGUACACAUUAUCAUAAAAAAUCAACCAUGUCAUCGUACUCAUCAUCUUCACUGCCAUUCUCUGCAUAGUUAUAGACAUCAUUUGUCUUUUAGACUAUUUUAUUUAUUUAUUUAAAUAACGUGGAAAAUAUCAAUUAGAAUUUUAAUUACUAAUAACGUAGAUUUUAUUCAAUCGGUUUUAUUUUUCUCAGACAAAUCCUUAUUUUUAAACUUUUUAAUGAUAAUUUAUUUCCGGUUAUUAUUUACUUAAAUCAAUCAUUGAUCGAAAAUCAUUUAGUCAUUAUUAAUAAUUAUUGAACGUUUAUCGUAUUUAUUAUUAAGUGCACGUAUAAUUAAUCCAUUAAAUAAUUUAUUUCGUAUUAUUUAACUUCUUUAACUUUUAUGUAAUUUCAAUUGUACGUUCAAUCGCAUUUCUGUUUUCACAAUUAAAUGUAUGUAUUGCCAAAUUAUUUUUUAAUAUAUAAAACAAAAAAUAUUAAAUAAUAACUAUAUUGAAAAAUAACAUUACUUAAUAGUUAAAAUCUACACAAGUUCUUCGAUUUUUUUUUUUUUUUGCGAUUUUCUUUAUUAAUUUUAAUCAACGACUUAAUCAAUUAUAAGGGUAAAGUAGGGUGAAAGAGACACUAAUUUUUCAGAUCAGAAGUAAUGAAGAAGAAUAUUUUUAUCAAUUCUUAUUUUAGACCGAAUAUCUCGAAUCAUCUCAGACUCAAUUGAGAUUUUAAAAAUCUGAAAUUUUCUUGGUGUCAUUCGCCUCACUUCUCUUAAAUAAAAUAUGUACCAAAAAAUAUCUUGAAAUCUAUCUAUAAAUUAUGUAACUAUAAUUUAUUAUUAUAAAUUGUAUAAAAUCAUGUACGGAGGAAAAUCGAUAGGUUAAAAUAAAAAAAACUGUUUCUUAAUUUA